AUGGAGGGGGAGUGCUCGGAAGGCGAGGGCUGGCUGCUGGUUCGCGUGCACGUGCCCGAGCUGAACGUGCAGAAGAGCCUCCAGUUCACGCGCGACCAGCUCGUUUGGGACGUCAAGCAGCAGUGCCUCGCCGCCUUGCCUAAGGUGGCCACUUGGUACCGGGUAUGUGUUUUAUUUAACCCUAUAAACGCCUGCAUGAAUCGACUGAUUCACCGAGGAAUGUCAGCAUGUAUAUGGCUUCUAUAG